ACUCAUGCUGGUCGCAAACGCACUUUGUUGGUUUUGUCGUGACGCGGCUCAUAUACAUGAACACAGGUCACUGUAAUAAGAUAACAACACUAACCAAACAUGUUGAUAAUGUAUCAUACAAUGAUAACUACUUUACAGGGGAUUAUACCAUCUAUUAAAAUACAUUAAGAGAGAAUGCCUGUUACUGUUGAAGCGUUAAUAACAAAGACUGGGAACGCGACAGGAGAAGGGCCACAUUGGGAUGAACGUACUCAAACGUUUCUCUAUGUUGAUAUACAUGCUUAUGAAGUUCACAGAUGGUCAGCAGAUACCAGAAUAGAUGAGAAAUAUACAUUCGAUGAUAACUGUUCUUUGGUCGUUCCUUGCAAGAAAGGAGGUUAUUUAGUUGGUAUCGGAAAGUCUGUGUGCCACUUUGAUUGGGAUUCCAAGAAAUUGACAGUUCUGCAAACAGUUGACGAAGACAAAGGGACGCGUAUCAAUGAUGGGAAAUGCGACGCUUCGGGCAGACUUUGGUUUGGUACGAUGUCUUUGGGUAAAACUGUCGACGAAAUAAAGUAUAACGAAGGGUCAUUAUACAGCCUCGAGGUUGAUGGAACUGUACGGAAACACAAAGAAGGAGUCAGUAUAUCUAAUGGUCUAGCAUGGACGGCAGACAAUAAAACCAUGUAUUAUAUAGAUUCAAUUCCACGUAAAGUGUUUGGAUAUGAUUUUGGUAUCAAAACGGGCACUAUGAGUAAUGAACGCGUAGUUGUCGACUUUGAUAAAGUUGAAGGUAUGCCGAAAGAAGCGUUACCGGACGGAAUGACGAUAGACGCAGACGAUAAAUUAUGGGUGGCCUGUUUUCUCGGAGGGCGGAUAACUCGUUUUGAUCCAAAUACAGGAGAAGAAAUGACUAGAAUAAACAUAGCAGCUAAACGGACGACUUCUUGUUGUUUUGGCGGGAAAAACUUCGACGAGUUAUUUAUAACCAGUAUAACAGAUGGAGCCACUGAAGAAGAGUUGAAAGAAACACCACUUGCUGGUUCAGUCUUUCGUGUAACCGGACUGGAAAUCAAAGGGAGGCCGGCACCUAUCUAUGAAGGCUGAACCCGCUUUGUACAAUUUAUAUGCAUUUUGUAAUAAUGAAGCACGUAUAGAGUUAUUAAACAAUAAAAUAAUUAAAAUUUUAAA